UCUGUAAUUGCUUUAGAAAGAUUGAUCUACUUAUUCUUUAGUUUACCUCAUAGUAACAUUUAUUUGUUAAUAACAUUAUCAUUAAAAUGUCAGAAAAGGAGAGUCUUAUUAAAUACUUUUUAAGUGGAGGUUUUGGUGGAAUAUGUACUGUUGUAGUCGGCCAUCCGCUUGAUACAAUAAAAGUUCGCCUUCAAACUAUGCCUGUGCCAGGUCCAAAUGAAACACUGUUGUAUAAUGGAACAAUAGAUUGUGCUAAGAAAACAAUUACAAAAGAAGGAAUACGUGGAUUAUAUAAGGGUAUGGGUGCACCUUUAUGUGGUGUAGCUCCAAUAUUUGCCAUAAGUUUUUAUGGAUUUGGACUUGGAAAACAAUUGGUAAAAAAAUCUGACAGGGAAGAACUAAGUCUUUUGCGAUUAUUUUAUGCUGGUGCAUUUAGUGGCAUCUUUACAACUAUUAUAAUGGCACCUGGUGAAAGAAUAAAAUGUCUCUUACAAAUACAACAUGGUAAUACAAAACCCAAAUAUAAUGGACCUAUUGAUUGUAUGAAGCAACUUUAUAGAGAAGGGGGGAUUAAAAGUAUUUAUAAAGGUACCUGUGCUACUCUUUUGAGAGAUGUUCCUGCCAGUGGAAUGUAUUUUAUGACAUAUGAGUGUCUGAAGAAAUGGAUGACCUCUGAAGAAGGUAAACUAGGAAUACUACAAACAAUCGUGGCUGGUGGUUCUGCUGGUAUUGCAAAUUGGAUUGUUGGAAUGCCACCUGAUGUAUUAAAGAGUCGUUUACAAAGUGCUCCAGAUGGUACUUUUAAAUACGGAAUUCGCGACGUUUUUGUACUUUUAAUGAAAGAAGAAGGACCAACAGCAUUGUACAGAGGAUGUGUACCUGUGAUGCUUCGUGCAUUUCCUGCAAAUGCAGCAUGUUUUCUUGGAUUUGAGGUUGCUAUGAAUUUCUUGAAUUGGGUACUGCCUAAUGUAUAAUAUAAAUUUUUAUAUAUACUAAGCUUUUA